ACCAAUGUGCCAGGUAGCAUUCUAUGCUAUCCUUGAAUGCCAACAGGAAUUCAUUGGAACAGCAAAUCAUCUUCAAAACUAAACUGAGUCUUUUGGAGUAACCUGGCAAAGAAUAAAAGUCAUCGGUCCUAACUAUGGCAGCACCAAAGAGAACUUUGUACAUUUCCCCACCUGAUGGAGGGUGGGGUUGGAUGAUUGUGGCCGGUUGUUUCCUUGUCACCAUCUGCACCAGGGCAGUCACAAGAUGUAUCUCCAUUUUUUUUGUGGAGUUCCAGACAUAUUUUGCUCAGGAUUAUGCACAAACAGCAUGGAUCCAUUCCAUUGUAGACUGUGUCACCAUGCUUUGUGCUCCACUCGGGAGUGUUAUCAGUAAUCACUUAUCCUGUCAAGUGGGAAUCAUGCUGGGUGGCUUGCUUGCCUCCACUGGUCUCAUUCUGAGUUCAUUCGCCACCAGCCUGAAGCACCUCUACCUCACUCUUGGAGUUCUUACAGGUCUUGGAUUUGCACUUUGCUAUUCUCCAGCCAUUGCCAUGGUGGGCAAGUAUUUUAACAAGAGGAGAGCUCUUGCGUAUGGCAUAGCUACAUCAGGGAGUGGAAUUGGGACGUUUAUUUUGGCUCCUGUGGUUCAGCUCCUGAUUGAACAGUUCUCCUGGAGGGGGGCAUUGCUCAUUCUUGGAGGCUUUGUUUUGAACCUCUGUGUUUGUGGUGCCUUGAUGCGUCCCAUCACCCUGAAGGAGGACCAUAAAAAUCUCCCCAAACAGGACCCUGUCUCCAAAACACCGAAAGAGAACUUACCACCUUUGUCCCUCUGCUCACCUUUACUUAAAGAAUGUACUCAGCCCUGUUUAUGCUGUUCCUUGCAGCAAGAAUACCACUUCUUACUCAUAGCAGACUUUGUGGUGUUUGCCACAUCCAUCCUAUUUAUGGCUUAUGGCUGCAGCCCUCUUUUCGUGUACCUGGUGCCUUAUGCCCUGAGUGUUGGAGUGAGCCAUCAGCAAGCUGCAUUUCUCAUGUCCAUACUUGGUGUGAUUAACAUUAUUGGCAAUGUUACCUUUGGAUGGCUGACAGACAGAAGGUGCCUGAAGAACUCCAGAUAUGUUUGCUACCUCUUUGCUGUGGGAUUAGAUGGUCUCUGUUACCUCUUCCUUCCAAUGCUCCAAAGUUUCCCCUUGCUUGUGCCUUUCUCUUGUACCUUUGGGUACUUUGAUGGUGCCUAUGUGACCCUGAUCCCCGUAGUGACAGCUGAAGUGGUGGGAACCACCUCCUUGUCAUCAGCUCUGGGUGUGGUGUACUUCCUCCAUGCAGUCCCAUACCUGGUGAGCCCACCUAUUGCAGGAUGGCUGGUUGAUACCACUGGCAGCUACACUGCAGCUUUCCUUCUCUGUGGAUUUUCAAUGAUCUUCAGUUCUAUAUUACUUAGCUUUGCUAGACUUCUAAAAAAGAUGAAAACAUCCCAAGUGCAAUCUCUUGAUGAAGAUGCUGGCCCUAAACUGCAACUUUGGCCUAAUGGAACAGUGGCUUAUUCUGUAGCAGGAGAACUAGAUCACAAGGAUGAAGACAUAAUGACCAGUGGAGUACCUGGGUACCACACAUGAACAAUUCCCAUAGAGCCUAGAAACAUUUACAAGUGUGAGAAUUGGGGCCACUGUGUAGAUUCAUUCGCUACCUGAAACAUGAUCUCUCAAGUGAAUGAUUCUCUAUUAUAUUUUUAUAAGGGAAAAAUAACUGAUAUAAAAAGGCAAAUGACAAAGGAAAUCUGAAUCCAUCUGGUGUUUUUCUUUAUUUCCAAUAUAUGCUGGUCAAUUCUAGUUUCAUUCUUUGGUCAGCUCUGCCACAAAGGUAAUAAUAAGAAAAGCGACUAGAUAACUGAUUAUAAUUAGCAUUGGGCUCUGUUGGAAAGGAGAAGCAGAACACCUAACUGUGGUUCUUGAUAUUUUAUGUCUUUAUCCCCACUCCUUGACCUUCCUCAGUAAGGGAUGAGUGGAAACAUUUAGCAGAUUGUUCUAUCUUUAUUAUGCUACUUGUAGAAAAAGGAUUUUGUACAUUUUCUCCUGGUUGAGUGAACCUCUAUUCUAGCUCAGAUCCAAAAUAGAACCCCCAGUCUGAUCCUUUCUCCCAUUCUUUUCCCAUUUCUUUCUCUCUGUCCAUGUCUGCAGACCAUCAAGUUGAUGACUUUUGCUUUCCAACUUGACUUUCCUAAUAACUUAAAGGCUACUUUUCCAUAACUAUCCAAAUGCUAAGCUCUCUCUUUAAACAAGUAGAAAAUGUCUUGCAGUGUGUUAGCAGUGUACAAAAGUCUACCUCAGAUCUUCUGGAUUUUGCUUCCAAUGUGAAAACCACACAAAAUCACACUUUCUUUUCUCUCCAAAUAUCAUUUGUAUUUCUGGACAUUCCAUUAGAAGCAUUAAUGACUUAGUUGUUGGUUUUUUAAUGUCAUAAAUUGAACUAGAUGUCAUAAAUUGAUCUAAAUGGAACCAGUGACUUCUCACAUCAUCACAAUUCCAUGGCAAGAUUUUGUUUUCAGCCUUUCACAUUGUUUCUCAAAUUAAAAAUUUUAGCUAAUUCUUCUUAUCAGAUUAUCCUUCUUGAUAUGGUAUAAUGAAGACAAAAUAUAUUUAAUGCUAUAUUCAUUUUUCUGUCCCAUUGCUAUUCUUCUAUAUAUAAGCUGUCAAGUCUUCCUUGAAGCUUUCGAUUGAGCAAACACUGAUGGUUAAUGUAAAUGACAGGUCUGCUUCCUAUAAUAGAGCAUUGGUCAAAGGAGAGGGAAAGGAUGCAUUUUCCUGUGAGAAUUCAAAUUACCUUUUGGGACUAAAUUUGGAAGAGGAGAAUGGAGAAACUGUUGCAAAAUUUUACAUAGAAUCCCUCUUCAAGUCCAGAGAUGCCCUUAUAUUUAUCUUAGAGGGUUUCAGGUAGCUUCAUUUAACAAGGGUUACUUAGGGAAUAACCAUACUUGCAUGCAAGAAAGGCAGCAAACUAAACAUCCCUCAGCAUAUAUGCUUGGCUCAGAGCAUAACCUCUUAAAAAAAAGCUUGAUUGAAAGCCAAGACAUCAACAUGGUUAGACUGCUACAUUUGUUUCAAGAAUCCUGGGUUAUAAAUUUGCCUCUGAUCAUCUUCAGCUAUUUGACUGGAGUAAACUAUUUCAUUUUUCUGGGUUUUCAAUUUCCUCAUCUAUAAUAGGGGGAGUUGGGAACAACAAAACCUACCUCACAGGGUUGUUGUGAGGACUGAAGGAAAUUAUGAAUGUAAAAUAUCUUUAUAAAUGUUAAAGCAAUCUUAAAAAUAACUUUAUAAACCUUAGAUAAAUGGAAGCUAUUAGUGGAAUAAAAAUUAUAUUUUCCCUUUAGCUUUCAGAAUAAAAAAUCAACUCCAUUAAUGGAAAGCUGAGGUUAUAUCAGAAAAAAAUUGAAUGUUUUCUGUUGUGUCUUAGGCUAUUUUUCUUUCUGUGCUUGCAACUUUUCUAUUUGCACCUGAGAAGGCAUAUAUGAAGAAUGAAAUUGGCAGGAAUGGGAAAAGAAGGGGGCAGUCAGGGAAAUAACAGCCCAAAUAGGUUGAUGUCUCUAAGAUGCUAAAAGAAGAGCACAUUAGGAAUACCUUGUGUGGAAGAAAUAUCCUACAGGAUGUAAAGAUGUAGAAGGCUUUUACUCUGGAUCAAGAAGCACAGAGGCUGAUAAGGCCAUAAAUUCACCAAAGUAUUGCUGCCAUUUACAUCUUUUUUUAAAAUGAGAAAAUAUUUUAUAAAAGCCUGCAAUUAAGUGAAAGAAAAAAUGAAAAGGCAACAACCUAAAUAUGGUUUUUGAUAGCACAUCACACUCAAAAUCAUUUCUCAAAUCUUCAUGAUGUUUGACUUCAUGAUCCUUAACUUCAAGGAUGUUUUACUUUUUCAGCAUGCUCCUAGAAGUGUUUUUACAAGUUGUUUGGAAGGAAAUGUUCAUAUUACUUUAAAAAUAUUGAAAUGUUACUUUAGAGUCUCAGAAAAAUUAAUGAGAAACAGUAUAGACUCCUGAAUUUUUCUGAAUGAGAAACCUUUGGUAUAUUUCAAAUAUGCACAAUUAUCCAUUGUGAUGUUUAUUCAUUUGGGGAGUAGUAGUAUACGAACCCUAUAGGAAAUUAUAGAUUUUGUAACUCUGGAACUUUGUUAUUUACUAAUUAAAUCCUACUGUUGGAGUGCUGUGUGCCUAUACUUUGGCUGUUCCACAGGGCAUUCAUGGGAAAUGGUGAGUUUCAUGGGAACAAAUUUUUGUGUUGAGUUAUUUAUCUCAAAUAUCCUAUUGCAUAUGGUACUUUGGAAGUAGAAAAAUACAAGAAAGUGGCUCACUUUGGGGGAUAUAUCAUAUGCAAAUUGUAGUCUGCUGCCAGAUUCAAUUAUUUUUCCUGAUAUUUUCUUAUUUCAAAGACAUAAUAAAAAAAGUUUACAGUAA